CAACUUGUCACCCUCGCGGGGCACUGUUUAUUUUGAUCCUUUGCGCAGGUAGCAACCGCAAAUACCAAUUCUUAUAUAUACUGUCAUCUUUCCGGAUGCCACAGUUCUUCUACUCUUUGUGAUCGACCGCAGAGAGGCGCAAGUGACCGUGGACGGGCGCUGCCAACCAAACGCCGUCUGACUACUCUUUCAGCCCUCAAGAUGCCCGUCCAAACAGGUCCCUCGCUCGUUUACGCCUCGAUCCCAUCCUUUGCCCGUGACUUUGAAAACUCGGCCAAUUACGCCUCGACCAACUCGCAACAGCAUUCGGAAAACCGUUCACUGUUCACACGCUCGUUGGAUCCUACAGCCGAGAACCCGAUUUCCUUCGAACACCGUGAGAGCGUAUCCUCGUCGGGGAAUUCAGAGUCGACCGAUUCAUCACCUACAACUACGAUAUCUACCUUUGAUACUACAUCCGUGACGGACACAUCACCCAGCUCUUCCCCCGAGUCACCCUCUGCGCUGCAAUUGCCCUAUCCGAAGUCGACCAGGAUACCUGAGAUUACGGAAAGAAUGGCCAUGUAUUCGGAUGCGUCGGCGUCUGCUCUGGCUCCCCUUUCAGCCGUGGUGUCUACUUCUCGACCAGUUUCUCCUGGAAGACGAGCACGGAACCUGAAAAACUUGUCGUUGAAUAUGCCAUGUCACAUAUCACGACCAGCUAUUUCUACGGCAUCCGUGGUUGAGGCCACAAGUCAGAACUAUUCGGCUCCUCCGUCACCAGUUCACAGACCGGCAAAGACCGCUCGGCGAAAACCUGCAAACCUCACCAUUCGUACACCUGCAUCGGAUCAAACCACAUUCGCUCGUAAUAUAAAUGAUAUAAUACCUCCUACCCCAGGUGUUCCGCAACGGUCUCUUCGACAUUUCGAGUCGUCGCCUUCUUUAUCUAUGUUUUCUCCAACUGCCGCGCCGUUGAAUAGCAUGCAACUACCCAGGCCAGUUACACAGGACGGCGCUCCUUUAAUGCCUGGCAGCUGGCAAGAAUCCCCUCCACGACAAUCGCAAGUAGUGUCUGGCACGAGUUUGCAGCAAGUGACGGAAGAAGAGGAUUAUAAUCUCGAUUCACGAGAGUCGACUAAACGCACCGAACAGAGUUAUCCUGAUGGACCAAUCAAAAUAUACGACUCGGGCGUAUAUCUCUAUUUGGAACCUACGCGGGACGAAGCGUCGAAAUUUGAUGUAGUCAUUAACGUAGCAAAGGAGGUUUUGAACCCUUUUGCCAUUGAAACAGAGUCUAAACCAGAUACUGUUGUCUCAACACUUCGGCGGCCUGUGUCACUUGCCAAGCGGCUGUCAAUGGCAGAACCAAUGACUGCUAUAUCUGAAGAAUCUUUUCACUCUGCAUUUGAGUCUCUACCCGAGUCAGACAGUCCGACUACACCAAAAGUGGAGAAGAACUCGACACCGGAAUACAUACAUGUUCCGUGGGACCAUAAUUCGGAAAUUCUAGACGACUUGGCGACGCUGUGUCAAUUGGUUGACGAUCGAAUAAAUCAGGGAAAGUCUGUUUUGAUUCAUUGUCAACUUGGUGCAAGCAGGUCGGCGUCUUUGGUUAUAGCCUAUGGCCUAUAUAAGCACCGGGACCUCGAUUUCAACGAUAUGUAUAGCAUUGUCAAGGGCAAGAGUCGGUGGGUCGGGCCGAAUAUGAGUCUUAUAUAUCAGUUGACCGAUUUUCGUUCUCGAGUACAACGUGACGAGCCAAUCAAGGCGCCAAAUCCGGAUUGGUUCAAAACACCACAUCUUACUCGGGCUGUUCAACCUGAUUUUGGUGAGGAGAUUUCUCAGCCAGAACCGGUCCAACCGGCUCAGAAGCAGGUGCAACAGGUUCAGAAUGAGUCUGCGUUGGCAGAAAUGAUAUUUUCGCCGUUGCAACCUACGUUUACACAACCUUUUAUCAGACCGUUUUCGCUACAAAAGCAACAUGGUUCUAACAGUCGAGGGCUAUUACCACGACCAUUGCCGCUCCGAGAGAAAUACCCGAGUUCCGAGUCAUUAGCCCAGUCGAACAAAUCCGAGACGCGAAAAGUCUCACAUGUUCGUUAUCCAACAGUUCAGAUGGAUCUUGUGAUGCAGGAUGUUCCCUCGUCGCCAUCGAUACUAUCUCCCCGGGCGGCUCCUUUUAUGUGCUCAUCAAUAUCGCGGACUCUUGCUGGAGACCUGGCAGGAGACGGUCCUGCAGCGUUUGGGUUUGGACAGCCAUUGUUCGAUCCUCGGUCUCCACCUCAGCGUCAAGAAUUACUGAUUACACGAAGCAUUGACGAAGCUUACGAUCAAAGCGGGCUUUGCUGUCUGAUUUUCCUUCUUUUUGGACAUUUUCAUUCCGUCACCGAGCAUUUCAUCAGCUCGUCGAUACAACAUACUUUUCUUUUCAUUUUCACGCUAGCAUUUAGCUCAGCAUGGUUGAGCAUGUGGUCAAUGGCGUUUUUGGAGUUUUUACAAAUGACAGGGCUGGUAUGGGAGGAACCUUAG